UUGUUGGUCCUUAUUGCGUGGCAACUGCGAAACGAUUUACAAUACGCCCUAACCCGCAGAGCUCGGCAUCGGAGACAGUCUCGAGCAGUGAGUACUAUGACGAGGAGGACGAUCUGCUGGUAGAUGGCGCUAACGAGUACCAGGUGGCAGCACCACCGCCGUACGUUCCGAUUCGAUCCUACGACGUCAACAAGCAGCGGUACUUCUCCAGCAGGGGAAACAACUACGGUCACCAGAAUCAGCAGUACGGUUCAGCGUUUGUCCGCCGUGGCAGCACCAGCGGAUUCGUAGAUCUACGCCGGCCGGAGUUACCACGUGAGUGGCACGGUGGCGGAUGUGAGGAUUCGUCGUAUUACCGGAGAGAGAACUACCACUACUACCACCAUCGGAACGACCCGCACAGCAAUUUCAUCAUUAUGUCCAAUGAAAGUGGCGCAGACGCCGAACGAGCCUUGAAAACGCCCCCCAAUCCCGGAGACGGAGGCACCAGCACCAAUACAGGCGCACCGAUUACGACAACUGGCACCGCUGCUGGCGGUGGCCUACUGACGGCUUCGGGAGAGAAUGGACCGUCGAGUCAGGUCAGUGGUUUACAAACAACACCAAGUAACGGAACGUUCGGUGCUAACGCUGCGGCGCCUACUUUGACCCAACAGCAACAACAACAGGCGGGUGAUAAUAAUAACAAUAAUAGCAACGGUCAGAAGGAGGCCAACGAAAGUGAACCAACAGCGCCUCCACCCCCGAAGCCAAAGCCGUUAAUCAAGAGCAAGGGAUCGGUGUCCCCGUUACCGUUGAAGCGAGCAACACCAGCAGCAGCAAUUAAUAAGCCCACGACGCCCAUACGGGAGCCCAAUGGCAAUGGCAACUUGGAUGGCAGUCCACUAGCGGACGGCAAUCCUCUAGGACCUACGGAAUCAACUGGUAAUGGACCACCGGGUAGCACCAGCUUUCGGCAACCGACGAAUCCGAAUGCUCCGACGCGUCCUCUCGGUGGCAUAAAACCUCGCAAAGGUGGCUGGAAGGCUCGGCCGGACAGUGACUCGUUUGCCAACAAUAACUUCUCACCUACGGACGACGACGAAAGUGGUCCCGUGGUGCCCCGGAACGUUAACGUGAAUCCGGUGAUAAACAGUAACGUAGUGGUGAAUCGCAGUAAGAUCGGUUCUAGUGGCGGUGGUGCAAUUGGUGGUGGUGGCCGUGGAGGUUGGGGUGCAAAUCAACGGCGCCAGGUGACUUCCAGUAGUCGCGUACAGAGUCCUUCGGGGGCCGGUGGAAUUCCCCCAGGGGCACCCAUAGUGGGAAGUGGUGGUGCGGCGCAAGUGCCGCCAUCUAUGGACAAUCAGAGUGAUCAAUCGUCCUCGCAACCGCAGCAACCGACGACACCGGUCCAUCCGGCGGUCAGUAUAGCGGCGCGGAGUACUUCGCGCACCGACCUUUCCCUCGAGAACAUUCCCGGUCCGUCCGGCUUAUUGCCGCACAACCCGGGCGUACCAGGCACCAUCGGGGGUAAUCCGCAAUCUAGGUAUUCAAACCUGUCGUUCUGGAAGGCCAGAAGGGUGCUGUUCUACCGGAAUGGCGACCCCUUCUUCCCGGGGGUCGAAUUUCGCUUCAAACCCGGACGUGACAUCUGCACGCUGGAGGCGCUCCUGGAUAAGAUCUCCGCCCGGAUGGAUCUUCCCCGGGGUGCCCGCUACAUCUUCUCCAUGGACGGCGACCGGAAGUACUCGCUGGACGAACUGGAAGACGGCUCCAGCUACGUGGUGUCCUCAUUCAAAGUCUUCAAGCCUGCUAGUUAUGGUAAGAAAAACGGCGUUUGGUACGCAUCGCCCGGCAACCAGGGCUGGGGCACCGGAAGUCGCCUGAGCCGCAAGCCCUCCGUCACCGAAGUGGACAACAUGCCGUCCGGCAGUCUGAAACCGAGCGCCGGCCGGGUCAUUCGGAUUAUCAACAGUCAUGAUCAUAGUGUUCAAUGCCGCGUACUGCUAAAUCUCCGCACGUCGCAACCCUUCGAGGAGGUCCUGGAGGACCUCGGCCAAGUGCUGAAGAUGAUCGGCGCCAAAAAGAUGUAUACCAGCAGCGGCCAGGAGGUGCGCAGUUUCUCCCAACUGCGCAACGAAUUCGCCGAGGUGGACACCUUCUACCUGAGCAACACUCCCUCGCUUCCGGUCGGUGCCCUUGGGCCGGGUGUGAUUCCUCCCUCGCCGGCACGACGCUCCCGUUCCCGGCUGGGUGGUUCCGUGCCGGAUGACCUAUCCAAAACGGCACGCCAGAGGGCACGCAGCAAAAGCAGACCCCGAGUUUUGUACGCACCGGAAAACGAACUGGUGCGAGCAUCGUCAGAUUACCCACUGCUGGACGCCAUGAAGGAGGAACCCACCCGCAUCACCAUCCGGGGACUGCGGCGCACAUUUUACCCCCCGCUGCAUCAUCCACCGGUGGAUAACUCGCCGCCGGAUAAGAAGCUCUCGCUGUUCUGGGUGCAUGGUUAUCGUGGUAUCGACUCGAAGCGAAAUCUGUGGGUGCUGCCGUCCGGUGAGCUGUUGUAUUACGUUGCAGCGGUAGCUGUUCUGUACGACCGGGAAGAGGAAGCACAACGACACUACACUGGGCAUACCGAAGACAUCAUGUGCAUGGAAGUUCACCCAUCCCGAGAGCUGGUCGGUUCCGGGCAGCGCGCCGGCCGCGACCGCAAAUCCCAGGCCCACGUGCGCAUCUGGAGCACCGAGUCGCUGCAGACGCUGUACGUGUUCGGCAUGGGCGAGCUCGAUUCCGGCGUCAUCGCGGUGGCCUUUUCCCAACUCAACGGCGGCAGCUACAUCCUGGCGGUGGACGCUGGCCGCGAAAGCAUCCUGUCGGUGUGGCAGUGGCAGUGGGGACACCUGCUCGGCAAAGUGGCGACUCUGCAAGAGGGUAUCUGGGGUGCGACAUUCCACCCGCUGGACGACAAUCUAUUGAUCACACACGGCAAAGGGCACCUCGCAUUCUGGCACCGUCGGAAGGAUGGCUUCUUCGAGAAAACCGACAUUAUCAAACCGCCAUCGCGAACAUUUGUCACGUGUGUUCAGUUCGAACCGGAUGGUGACGUCAUCACUGCGGACAGUGACGGUUUCAUCACGAUCUACAGCGUGGACGCCGACGGGGCCUACUUUGUGCGGAUGGAGUUCGAGGCUCACAAUAAGGCCAUUGCCUGCUUGGUGAUGCUUUCGGAGGGAACGCUCAUCUCAGGAGGCGAGAAGGAUCGCAAGAUUGCGGCGUGGGAUUCGUUGCAGAACUACAAGCGGAUCACGGAUAUAAAGUUACCGGAGUCGGCUGGAGGUGUUCGGUCGAUCUACCCUCAGCGACCGGGUCGAAACGACGGAAAUAUCUACGUCGGAACGACGAGGAACAACAUUCUGGAGGGAUCGCUGCAGCGCCGCUUCAAUCAGGUCAUCUUCGGGCACGGCAAGCAGUUAUGGGCCCUGGCAUCACAUCCAGAUGACGAGGUGUUUGCAACAGGAGGUCACGACAAAUACGUAGCCCUGUGGAGGCGUCACAAGCUCAUCUGGACCUCGUCCGUGGGUUACGAGAUCAUUUCGUUGGCGUUCCAUCCGUACGGAGCGGCACUUGCGGCUGGAAGCUCAGAAGGACAUCUGAUAGUCAUCAAUGCGGAGAACGGAGCAACCAUGCUGACGAUUAGAGUCUGCGGUUCGCCGCUGAAUUGUGUAGAGUUCAAUCAAGUCGGUGACAUGAUCGCCAUCGGGUCGCAAAACGGAAGCAUCUACCUCUUCCGAGUCUCGCGAGACGGAUUCUCGUACAAGAAGAUCAACAAGAUCCGAGGAUCACAACCGUUGACCCAUCUGGACUGGAGUUCCGAAGGUAACUUCCUCCAGACUGUGACGAUCGAUUUUGAUCUGCUCUUCUGGGACGUGAAAUCCCUCUCGCCGGAGAAGAGUCCCAUCGCCAUGAAGGACGUCAAGUGGAUGACCAACAACAGCACGGUCGGUUUCCUGGUGGCCGGCAUGUGGAACAACCGCUACUACGCCACGCCGGCCAAUACCAUCAUAGCGACCGCAUCGCGAACCGUGGCGCAGGAUCUGAUCGUCAGUGGCGACAACGACGGGUAUCUACGCCUGUUCCGCUAUCCUUGUAUCACGCCACGGGCCGAGUUCACCGAAGCCAAGGUCUACUCGGGCACGUUGGCGUGCGUCAAAUUCCUGUACGGCAAUCACAGUCUGGUGACCGUCGGUGGCACCGAUGCGUCCCUCAUGAUCUGGGAACUCACCGAAGAAUAGCCACUGUGGCCACCGUGGCGUACAGGUGCCGCGCCACAGUCCGCCUCACCAGGUAAUCCCCCUAAACCUAAGCUACCAGUAGCAAACCAUCAUCAGAAAGUCAACCCAAAAGCCCCCAAAUCUCACAUCACCGCCACUUCACCGAAAAUCAGUCAAAAUCCUCUCAGAACCUCCGAACCAGUAAUCGCUGGCAAUAAUCCUAAUCCAAAUCAACCACCUUCACCCCAACAACAACAAGAACAAACAACAUCAGCGGGACCUGUGGCCGACGAUCAGCGGCCUGGCCAAUUGGGAAACACUGCGGAAACUGCAAACGGUACAGCUGAUCAAUGGGAGGAGGAUCAGGAGCAGUCAGUCGAUGGUACCGAGGAGGAUGAGCUAGAACACGAAGGCGACGACGAGCUGGAUAACGACGAUUCGGAAGGGUAUGGAGGCGGCCUAGGACUUGCGGAUGCCCUCUACGAGCGUCCUCGACGUCUACGGUCCCGAUCUUCGCGGCGUGCUCCACCCAGUGUGCGUGCCGUGACUGCCGUCGAACCGUUUCCGGCUUCACCCCUAGAAGACGAAGAGCGAACCGUCGAGUAUGCCGUCCUGCUGCCGGACUCGUUCGCUGUUCUGGACUCAUCUUUCUGAGAUUUUUUGUAAACAGUUAGAAUAGUAGUUAGCGCGAGGUACGCGGGUUGAUCGCCGACCGGACCCUUCCGGUUUUGACCCGUUUUUGUACUGAGCUGUGUUCGGUGAUCAACUCGCGAUCUCCCAGUCAGUUUAGGGUGAAACUCUUCCUAACAAAAAUCUUAAUUUUCUAGAACGUAGCUAUCGCCAUAGAUGAUAGGAGAAAAGUUUAAUGUGACUUGAACAGAUUCACUAAUUGUAAAGCAUUUUUCUAAAACAAAAAAAAACAGACACUCACGAACUCCUCUCACAAGGUCACUCAUUCACCUCUUAGAGCACACUAAUACAGGUAAGACAUUGCACUCACACACUGACAGAAUCUAUCCUACGAAUUUUGAUUAGUAGGCCGCGCAAUUGGGAAUUGGUAACGGAGGCGCAGGCUACUUGGAUGCCUUCCAAAAUUGAAUUUCCUGAACUUUUAUAAACUACAAUCAUCAUCAGUCAGACGAAUGUUGUUACCAUGUACUUGUUCAGUAGAAGGACAGACAGUGUUAGA